AUGUUGUGGAGUAUCAUGUAUCCAUUAGCUCAUCAUUUAUUCCUUCCCUUCCUUGCGUAUUGCUUAUCAGUGCAAGUAAUGAGUGCUAAUGGUCAACAACAAGAACAGAUACAACUAAGUGAUACAUCGGUUGAUGAAUGGCGUGGAUAUUAUAGGAAAGAACAUUCUUUGGCUAAACCCUAUCAAGGUAACGGAAUGGGUAUUCCAUAUUGGGACAUACAAGGUACAACCAUGGUUACUGGACAAUAUGUUCGUUUAACGGCGGAUACGCAAAGCGUUCAGGGUGGUAUUUGGAAUAAUGUGCCGGUGAAUGUUAGAGAUUGGGAACUGCAUGUGAAUUUUGCAAUCCAUGGUUCUACUGGUGAUUUGUUCGGUGAUGGAGCAGCUAUAUGGUAUGUGCAGGAUCCUGCCCAGGCCGGACCUGUAUUUGGAUCGAAAGAUUAUUUUCGCGGUUUAGGAGUUUUUCUGGAUACUUACAGUAAUCACAACGGUCCACAUGUGCAUGGUCAUCCAUAUAUCUCAGCAAUGGUUAAUAAUGGUUCGCUCCACUAUGACCAUGACAUGGAUGGGACUCACACACAGCUGGGUGGUGAACAUACAGGUUGUGAAGCGAAAUUCCGAAACAGGCAGUACCAAACGCAAAUAAUGAUUCGAUAUGUUGGCGAUGUGCUAUCUAUUUAUACUGAUGUUUUGGGUACCGGUCAAUGGAAAGAGUGCAUGAGUGUUGGCGGUGUUCAGUUACCUACAGGAUAUUACUUCGGUAUCACAGCUGCUACAGGCGAUUUAUCUGACUAUCAUGAUAUCAUAUCGAUACGCAUGUUCGAGCAAGAGUUUGCACAUGUACAAGAUGGUACUGCUGUCACCUUAGAUCCUCGACAGCGCGAACCUUAUGCUCAAAAUGUAGCGGCACCACGUGACCACGUAGACCAACCACCAGCAUCAAAAUUAGGAUGGAUUGGUACCACAGUAUUAGUAAUAUUAGGUGGUGGUUUAUGUGUGUUGGUUUUAUGGUUUGGUGUCAUUUUCGUCAAUCAUCGGCAACAAAUGUCGAAGAAACGAUUCUACUGAUGCUUAUACUUAAGGAAUUUCAUCAUUUCUUUUUUAACCGUUUAUGAAAGGGAUUUCGGUUAGUUGCGCCACUUAACCAAUCUGAUGUUUAGUAGUGAAGAUCAUAAUUUUUUUCUUCAAGUGAAUAAUCAGUUGUUUUCUGGUUUUAUGGGAUAUUUAAAUUUUCAUAUCUUUUACGUAUUAUUAUUUCUCUUAUAAUUACGUGCUGUAAUAAU